AUGACUGUACGGGGACGGGCGGUGGCUUCUGUAAAAGAGUACCCCCUUUCUAUUAUGGCGUGUAUCGACGAGCUGCAGGCUACCAAAGUCGGGGCGAGUCAGGCUCUACCGUUAGUGUUGCGGUUUGGCGGCAGCCACUACUCGGCAUUUCUCCAUUCAGCGGGAGUGGCCGAUCCGUUAAACCUUACCGAUACCCAGGACGGGCCGAGUGCGUCGACUCAGGAUCCGGUCCACUCCUUCGGGGACACUAGAGCCACAGCGUUGGUACCAUUGGAGGAGAAAAGCGCUUCAGCACUGCCCUCAGACGACAAACUCCUUCCUGACAGCGGUGACCGGACGUCGAUCGUCCUUUACGACGCUGGAGACGCGGUCGCUCGAACCUCGGCACAACCCUCUGGUCAAUUGGCUUUAACUUCUACUUCGAGCAGCUGUCGCGAACGCGGGAUGGCCUCUGCGGCGCGGAAACGGGGCCACGGCGGCUCUCCCCCGCUCCUGGCGGCGUCUGCGGAUCCAGGUGCUGUCGUUCCGAUCGGCUCUCGCCACAAGAAAGGUCGGGUUCGUUCAGCCCUUCGGAAAUCUUCACUAGACGCGCCGGACGACAGAAUCGAUCGGGACGAAUGGCCAGAGCUCUGGAGUUAUCUGGGAGCCGAAUGGCCGCCGUCAGCAGCAACUCCGUAUCCUCUAGUAUAUGGAGACUCCAACGGGUGGGAGGCUACGGCUCGUUUGGAGCCGGAAUUGUUACUACAUCACUUGCGCCGCUUCGUCUUUCCAGACGAAGUACUUGCUAGCUUGUCCGACACAGUUUUUGUACAGUGGACGGCGCUGUGGCGCCAGGAGUGCUUAUUAUCCGGGCUCCUAGAAUUCCGACAGCGAGUGACAGAGCUACCCACGGGUGUUUGGCUCGACCAAUGGAUUGCUCGAUCGCAGCAGCGCCUUUCGCCGUCUCUGCUGGCCCCUCUGAUUGACAAUUCCGACGAUUGGAGAAAGUUGCGAGGGAUUAACUAUGCGGGGGACGACAUUUUACGAUUGUGUGACCCGCACAGACGCGUCCGAAUGAGUCACCACCUCAUGUGUGCCAUCGUGUUCGACAACGAGAUUUUUGCUCUGACGGGGACUGGCGGAAAGCCAGUACGCCCUCCCGAGCAACUCCGUUGCCACUUUCGCUUACUUCGGACCAAUAGUACCUACAAGGAUACGUACUACCCAGACGGGGAUGCUCCGAUCGACUGGACUGCGCUCGUUCGCUAUUUUACUACUGCUUUGGCCCCGGCAGAGCAGAGGUUCCUCCUCGAGUACUAA